AUGUCGGCUGGAGCAGGUGACCGAGCGUAUUCCUUUUCGCUGACGACGUUCUCGCCGUCGGGCAAGCUGGUGCAGAUCGAGCAUGCGCUCGCAGCGGUCUCGCAAGGUGCCACCUCGCUCGGAAUCAAAGCGUCCAACGCGAUCGUGAUAGCCACCGAGAAGCGCGCGCCCUCGCCGCUGGUCGACGACUCGGCGCUGGAACGCAUCAGCAUUGUGUGUCCGAACAUCGGCAUGGUGUAUUCGGGCAUGGGUCCCGACUUCCGCGUGCUGGUCGCCCAGGCGCGCAAGGCCGCCCAGACGUACUGGAAGACGUUCGGCGAAUACCCGCCCACGCGCGUGCUCGUCCAGGAGAUCGCCACACUCAUGCAGCAGGCCACCCAGCGCGGCGGCGUCCGUCCCUUUGGCGUCUCGCUCCUCGUUGCCGGCUUCGACUCGGCGCGAGGCCCCAGCCUGUACCAGGUCGACCCCAGCGGCAGCUACUUCAUGUGGAAGGCCAGCGCCAUCGGCAAAAACAUGCAGAACGCAAAGACGUUCCUGGAAAAACGCUACAACGACGACAUCUCGCAGGAGGACGCGAUCCACACAGCGCUGCUCACGCUCAAGGAAGGCUUCGAGGGCCAGAUGACCGAAAAGACGCUCGAGAUCGGCGUCAUCAGCCAGAGCUUCACCAAGAGGCUGGGCAACGGAGACGCCGGCGAGCCGAUUCCCGUGUUUCGGAAAUUGUCAGAGUCCGAGGUAAAGGACUAUCUGGCCUUGUAA